AUGCAAAACGAAAUAAUUAAGCCUGCUAAAUACUUCUCAGAAGUGGAGAAGAGUGUGCUGCUUGCAUUAGUUGAAAAGUACAAAUACGUACUUGAAUGUAAGAAGAGUGAUGCAAGAACUAUCGCUCUCAAACAGCGUACUUGGCAAGCACUAGCUCAUGAAUAUAAUUCACAACCCAGUGUAUCACUACGAGACUUCAAACAAUUAAAGAAAUGCUGGGAAAAUAUCAAGGCACGGACAAAAAAGAUAAUGGCACAUGAAAGACGGGAGAAGGUAAAAAGAAGUAUUAGUCCACUUAUAAAUACUCACAUCAUAGGGAGAGAGAAGAUUGCCAGCAUAAUGCCUGAGCAAAUGUACUUUUUGCAGAGCCCACCAGAAGAAGAUUCAGAGUAUCAGCCUGAUGCUUCUAGUCAAGAGUCAUUUGUUGUCUCAAACAGAGAACUCUGCGACGAAGAGAAAGAGCUGGUACAUUUCCCAGUAUGUGAAGGUACCUCCCAACCUGAGCCUUCAUGUUCUGAUGUCAGAAUAGCAGCAGAUAAGAACUACAGAAGUAAAGCAUCUCAGGAAAGUGCUCUGAAAAAGAUGCAUGAGGAAGAGCAUCAUCAGCAAAUGUCAAUUUUGCAGCUACAGUUAAUCCAAAUGAAUGAAGUUCAUGUGGCAAAAAUACAGCAAAUAGAAAGAGAGUGUGAAAUGGCCGAAGAAGAACAUAGGAUAAAAAUGGAAGUGCUGAACAAAAAGAAAAUGUAUUGGGAGAGAAAACUGCAGACGAUUACAAAAGAAUGGCCUGUAUCAUCCUUUAAUAGACCCUUUCCUAAUUCACCAUAG